AUGAAGGACUACCUCUCCCAGCAUGCUGUAAGAUCCGUGGAGAAGCAGAGGCAAACAGCUGACAUGGCAACUUGUCUGCGUUAUCCGGGCAAGGUGGUGAUUGUGACUGGUGGUACCCGAGGGAUUGGUCUGGCCAUCGUGAGAGAAUUUGUUCGCCAAGGAGCCAAAGUGGUCUUCUGUUCACGAGCCUCUGAAGCGAAAAAGGGACAAGCGAUUCAGCGGGAGGUGCAGACUUCUGGUUGCCCAGGGGACGCUUUCUAUCAAGUCUGUGAUGUUCGCAAGGAGUCAGACAUUAAGAGGCUGAUUUUGGUAACUGUAGAGCAUUACGGAUGCCUGGACUGCCUUGUGAACAAUGUUGGAACUGUUCAUAAUGAACCGAUAGAUGAUGUGAGUGCCCAAGAUUUCCGCAACCUCAUGGAACUCAACGCUGUGAGCGUUUUUUUGGCAUCCAAGUAUGCGCUGCCCUACUUACGGGAAACAAGAGGAAACAUCAUCAACAUGGCCAGUAUGGCUGGUGUCAUUGGGGUGAAGCAUGGUGUGUUGUCUGCCUCAAGCAAGGGGGCUGUGAUUGCAAUGACCAAAGCCCUGGCCAUUGAUGAGAGCAAAUAUGGAAUACGAGUCAACAGCAUCUCAUCAAAUUAUAUCUGGACUGAUUUUACGAAAAGUUAUAUAAACCAGUCACCGGAUCCAGAGGCAGCAAUGCAGGAAGCCAAGGAUAGUCAGCUUAUGGGACGUUUCGGUUCCCCAGAGGAAGUGGCCUUGGCUGCCCUGUACCUUGCUGCAGAUGGUACUUUCUGCACUGGUUUAAACCUUGUCCUCACUGGCGGAGCUGACAUCGGCUUUGGGAAGAAGAACCAGGGGAAUCCAGAGCAUGAGCCAAGUGGGGGUAGGAACUCACAGGGUUCCUCCAGCAAAGAAUAGGACUGAAAAUAGGAGAGGAAAUAAAAGCUAAGAAUACAGCUGGCAUUGGCUGAUUCUGCAAUGACUUUUCCCUCUCUUGUUUUACGAAAUCCACGUUGGAACAGGAAUUCCCAUCUGCAUUGCAUGCUGCUUUCAGUUCCUUUGAUCAUCAGAUUUUAUGGUACCCUAAA